CGGGCCGAGACGCCCGGAGCGGCCGCCGCCGCGGGCCCCUUCACCGGCCGCCCCGUCCAGACCUAGCCGGGAGGGGUGAGAGGGAUGCAGCGGGGGUCCCGGCUCCGGCGCCGCACCUCGUGAAGGGCUGAUCUUCCAUCUCGCCACCUGAGCCACGGGAAGCCAGGACCGCGACAGCUCAGUCUCCUCCUGGUGCUUGUGAAACUGAACACAACAAAAGUAUGGAUAUGGGAAACGAACAUCCUUCUAUCACCAGGCUUCGUGAAAUCCAAAAGGAAGUAAAAAGUAUAGAACAGCAGGUCAUUGGCUUCAGUGGUCUGUCAGAUGACAAGAAUUACAAGAAACUGGAGAGGAUUCUAACAAAGCAACUCUUUGAAAUAGACUCUGUAGAUACUGAAGGAAAAGGAGAUAUUCAGCAGGCCAGGAAGAGGGCAGCACAAGAGACAGAGCGUCUUCUCAAAGAGCUGGAGCAGAAUGCAAACCACCCACACCGGAUUGAAAUACAGAACAUUUUUAAGGAAGCCCAGUCCCUUGUGAAAGAGAAGAUUGUGCCAUUUUAUAGUGGAGGCAACUGUGUAACAGAUGAAUUUGAAGAAGGCAUCCAGGAUAUCAUCCUGAGGCUGACACAUGUUAAAACUGGAGGGAAGAUCUCCUUGCGGAAAGCGAGGUAUCACACUUUAACCAAAAUCUGUGCAGUGCAAGAGAUCAUAGAAGACUGCAUGAAGAAGCAGCCUUCCCUGCCGCUCUCCGAGGACGUGCACCCUUCCGUUGCCAAAAUCAACUCUGUGAUGUGUGACGUGAACAAGGCCAGAGGCACUCUGAUUGCACUACUGAUGGGAGUGAACAGCGAUGAGACUUGCAGGCACUUGUCUUGUGUGCUCUCAGGCUUGAUUGCCAAUCUGGAUGCUUUAGAUGUGUGCGGGCGUACAGAAAUCAGAAAUUAUCGAAGGGAGGUAGUAGAAGAUAUCAACAAGUUAUUGAAAUAUUUGGAUUUAGAAGAGGAAGCAGACACGACUUACGCAUUUGACUUGGGACAGAAUCAUUCCAUUUUAAAAAUAGAAAAGGUCCUCAAGAGAAUGAGAGAAAUAAAAAAUGAACUUCUCCAAGCGCAAAAUCCUCCUGAAUUGUACCUGAGCUCCAAAACAGAAUUGCAGGGUUUGAUUGGACAGUUGGAUGAGGUAAGUCUUGAAAAAAAUCCCUGCAUCCGGGAAGCCAGGAGGAGAGCAGUGAUUGAAGUGCAAACCCUGAUAACUUAUAUUGACUUGAAGGAAGCCCUUGAAAAAAGAAAGUUGUUUGCUUGUGAGGAGCACCCGUCACAUAAAGCAGUCUGGGACGUCCUUGGAAACUUGUCAGAGAUUCAAGGAGAAGUUCUUUCAUUUGGUGGAAAUCGAACUGAUAAGAACUACAUCCGGCUGGAAGAGUUGCUCACCAAGCAGUUGCUGGCGCUGGAUGCGGUUGAUCCGCAGGGAGAAGAGAAGUGUAAGGCUGCCAGGAAACAGGCAGUGAAGCUUGCCCAAAAUAUUCUCAGCUAUCUCGACUUGAAAUCCGAUGAAUGGGAGUACUAAAGUUCCAGAGCUCUCACGUUUGAUACUGCUUGUUUUGCACUUUAUAUAUACUUCUAUGUAUUUAUAGAGAGCUUUCAGUUCAUUGAGCCUAAUGUGAUUUAUACAUGCAUAUUUCAAUCUCAGUAUUUAUGAUUUAAGCAAAUUAUAUUCCAGUAUCUUUGCUGCUUUUGAUGUUGCAAAACAAAUAUCAUUACAGCACAUUUACUUUUCCAUUUGGAUCAUCUGUA